GACAGGAGAGAGGGGGAGAGACUGCUGUGAGAGAGGGAGAGAGACUGCUGAGAGAGAGGGAGAGAGACAGGAGAGAGGGAGAUGCUUCCUGCCAGCUGCGUUUCUCCCAACAAUUUGGGAUUCGAAAUUUCCAUCCGUUGCCCUGUUUCGAAGUUAUAGGUAACUUGAAAAACAGCCUCUCGAUCUACAAACCCUAACAUAACAGAAGAAUCUAGGAAAGAUCUCUGCCAUGGUCGAUCUUCUCCAACAGAACGGUCGAGUCGAUCCAUCCGAAUUGGACGGUGGGAUUUUGUCGAAUGCGGAGGAGAGUAGAAUGACGAAAAGGCAGAGAGAAGAAGGAGAGGAAGAUAGAGAGUCGAACGAGCGGCAGAAGCUGAUUCGUCGGUCGUCUUCUCCUACUGAGAAUUCUCUUCUUCCGCUUGCUUCUUAUGAUGAUGAUGAUGAUGAUGAUGAAGAAGAGGAUAGAAGAAGGAGAGGAGAGAAUGGGGACCAUAAGAAAUAUGAGGAGCAUGAGGAAGAGGAUGAUGAGGAAGAUGGAUUGGUUGGACAGGGAUCACAUAAUGGGAGGCGGCAGCGGCAGGUGGAAGUUCGAAGGGAUUGUCCGUAUUUGGAUACUGUCAAUCGUCAGGUAUUGGACUUUGAUUUUGAGAAGUUCUGUUCUGUCUCUCUAUCUAAUUUGAAUGUAUAUGCAUGCUUGGUCUGUGGGAAGUACUUCCAAGGUAGAGGCCGGAAUUCUCAUGCAUAUACUCAUAGUCUUGAAGCAGGCCACCAUGUGUACAUCAAUCUUCGAACAGAAAAAGUUUAUUGCCUUCCUGAUGGAUAUGAGAUCAAUGAUCCAUCAUUAGAUGACAUUCGACAUGUUCUCUACCCAAGGUUUAAUAGGGAACAGGUGGCGCAGCUUGAUAUAAAUAAGCAAUGGUCGAGGGCUCUUGAUGGUUCUGAUUAUCUCCCCGGAAUGGUUGGUCUCAAUAAUAUUAAGGAGACGGACUUUGUAAAUGUUACAAUUCAAUCUCUAAUGCGAGUUACACCUCUAAGGAACUUCUUUCUUAUUCCCGAAAACUAUCAGAACUGCAAGUCUCCUCUAGUUCAUCGGUUUGGAGAGCUCACACGGAAAAUUUGGCAUGCACGAAACUUCAAGGGACAGGUGAGCCCUCAUGAGUUUCUGCAGGCAGUUAUGAAGGCCAGUAAAAAACGGUUCCGAAUAGGUGCGCAGUCGGAUCCAGUUGAGUUCAUGUCCUGGCUGCUUAAUACGCUGCAUGCGGAUCUUAAGAGUUCAGCGAAAAGCAAUAGGAACAUCAUUCAUCAGUGCUUUCAGGGGGAAUUGGAGGUUGUGAAAGAGAUCCACAACAGAGCUGUCACUGAGAAGAAAGACAAUGAGCAGAAUAAGGCAUCUGUUGCUGAAGGUGGAACGGAACGUAGCCAUGUUGUCACGGAAACAAGCAGGAUGCCGUUCUUGAUGCUCGGGCUUGAUUUGCCACCACCUCCACUUUUCAAAGAUCAAAUGGAGAAGAAUAUAAUUCCACAGGUCCCACUUUUUAACAUACUAAAGAAAUUUGACGGUGAAUCCAUCACAGAAGUUGUUCGGCCUUGUAUAGCUAGGAUGAGAUACCGAGUCACCAGACUACCGCAGUAUAUAAUUCUCCACAUGCGCAGGUUUACAAAGAACAAUUUCUUCGUGGAAAAGAAUCCCACUCUAGUUAACUUUCCUGUUAAGAACCUUGAAUUGAAGGACUAUAUUCCGUUGCCCACUCCAAAGGAGAAUGAAAGGCUGCGGACAAAGUACGAUCUGAUUGCAAAUAUUGUCCAUGAUGGCAAGCCUGGUGAAGGAUUCUACAGAGUAUUUGUGCAGCGGAAAUCAGAGGAAUUAUGGUAUGAAAUGCAGGACCUGCAUGUCGCCGAAACUCUUCCUCAGAUGGUUGCUUUAUCCGAGGCUUACAUGCAGAUAUAUGAGCAGCAACAGUGAUGGCAUGAAGUAGCUUCCUUCUUUGUCUUGGAUCGAUGUAGUAGGCUUCCCAGGAAUAUAGUGUGGCCAUAAGAGUUCUUACAUCUAUUGAGAUGCAUGCUGAGGAGCAUUGAAGCUUUUCUUCGGGCAACAAAGAUGGUAUCAGUGCAAACAUCCAUUACAACAGAGGCCAAGCCAGAUGCAGUAUACCUUUUGUGUUAUUUUGUACGCGGGGCUGCCCUUUGAAGGCGAUGGAUGUUGGCUAUUAGCUGUCGGGACUUGAUUGUCUACAAAACCAAGCAAUUGAAAAUAUCAAGUGAUUGUUGGUGAGUUCUUUGAUCUUGCUCCCUCAGUUGAUUUUUGAUGGUACCCCUCGUCCUGGUGGCCCACCCAGGAAUAUUUUCCAUUUCCCAGAAUAUCUGUAACUUUUUUUUAAAUGUCUUUCAAUUUCCUUUAAAUACAC